AAAUAUAUAGAAGCACCCCAUGCGUGGGAACAAGAAGAAAUAACUCAAAGUAUCCAAAUGUCUGAAACCCUGAGUCAGAACCUAGAGAAACCUUAGGAUAAAAGAGAGUCACAAGCAUAGAGCAAUUGGGAGUCUCACUUAGGAAAAGACGCUUUGCUUCAGACCUGGACAAUCGGCACUCCCACGCACCGUACAAACUACUGGGACUUCCCUGGCUGAUUGUGGUGUGGAUGUUGACUGAAGCCAAACUCAGAGAUGGGUAAGCACCUCCUGCUGCCACUGGUCAUCCUGUCCUUGCUGCUGGGCUUCCUGCAAGCUCUUUACUGCUUUCAUUGUGAUCGAGUCAACGCCAGUGGGGUUUGCGUGAGUGGGGAAAGAUUCUGCGAGACCACGGCAACCGAACAGUGCUAUGUGAAGAAGGUCUAUGAAGGUACCACCGUUUUGUUUGGAUACCAGGGUUGUAAAAACCUAUGUUUUCCUUUCAUGGGCUGUAGUAAUAAAUAUACUGUGGAAUUGACAUGCUGCAAUAGCUCAUCUUUUUGCAACAAGUUCUAAAGGCAGGACCCAGCUUUUGCCUUGAUCUGGUGGAUAAGGCAGAUACGGCAUAUCUUUCAACUACCAUAGUCUUCAAGACUCUUGUGACCUGAAUAUGGGCUCCCUCCAAGAAGUCUCAGACUAGUUCUGUUUUCAGGUCCCAUUUCCUUUUCUUUCCCUCACUGCCAGAUGCCACCGGGAUAUUCUUUAAAAUCAAACUGGACAUAGCUAGGUCCAAGAGUACCUUCUCCCUUUUCAGUCCCUGAUUAAGAAUCACAUUGGUUGCUGCCUAAAAAGGCAGUGUUUGUGGGAGACUGUGAUGCUUUUAAUGCUGGGUGCUCUGGAGGCAGCAGCUGAAGGAAGAAGGAGAAACUUCUGAAGAUGAAAAGGGUAGGAAGAGUGGGGUGGCCCUAAAUGAUGUAUUAGCUGAGUGGGCUAGCUGCUGUAACAAAAAUCUCUGAAAUAUCAAUGGCUUAAAACAAUAAAAAAUGAUUGCUGACUCAUUUCACAGUUCA